CGGCCGCCCUCGGCCCCGCUCGGCCCCACUCGGCACCGCUCGGCCACUCCCGGUCCCGCUCGGCCCCUCUCGACUCCGCUCGACCCCGCUCGGCCCCGCUCGGCCCCCUUCGGCCCCCCUCGGCCUCUUUCGGCUCCGCCCCUCACACGCCCAGGCGCCGGAGGGUGCCCUACGCCCCGCCCAUCGCUGUGGCCUUUUUCUGAUACCAAUGGUUGAGGAGUCUCGAAUCUCCCCUUCGACGCAAGCGAUUCUACAGCUAAUUCCCGAAGCCGAGACUUGGUAGGUGCGGCCGACCAUUGGAAACGUGAGAUCUGUGAAGACUCAUGGACGAAGGAGCCCAGAAGAGGAAAGAACAGGAGUCAGGCAUGGCUCUUUCUCAGGCACAGUUGACCUUCAAGGAUGUGUUCAUAGAUUUCACUCCUGAGGAGUGGGAAUGCAUGGACCCUGCACAGAGGACCUUGUACAAGGACGUGAUGGUGGAGACCCUCGGGAACCUGCUGUCUGUGGAUAUGUCUCAGAUAGAUAUGAUCAAGAAAUUACAGGCAAAAGCAGACAGUGGUAAAGGGGAAAUUUUUCAAAGAGUGAUGUUUGAAAGAGCUGAAAGCCUUGAAAGCAAAGAUUUUCACCUCAGGAAGAUCCAGGAAAAUAUAGAUAACCUUGAUUGUCUGCAGACAGAUGAUGAAAGAAAUGACAAAGGAUUGUCUACAUCCCAUAACAAAAACCUCACUGAUGGAAGAGAUCAUCAUAGUAGAAGUGAUGCAGAAAAUGGAACUUUUGAAAGGCACGGGUCAAGCUUUCAGGAUGGAUUGCAGAUGAUGCAAUCUGAAGGGAUAAUUUUUGAAUGUAGUCAAGUUGUGACAGACGUCAGUGCCUCAGGUUUAUCAUCUCAGAGAACUCGUAAAGAUGAGAAUGCUGUUAUGCAUCCUUCAGAACUGUUACGAGACCAUGAAACACAAAAUAAAGGACCUUACAAAUGUAAUGAGUGUGACAUAACCUUUCUUCAGGACUCAGAACUCACUAAACAUCAAAGAAUCCAUACAGGAGGAAAACCAUAUAAAUGUGACAUGUGUGGCAAGGCUUUUAAUCAAACUAGAAAACUUGCAAUUCAUUGGAGAAUUCAUACUGGAGAAAAACCACAUAAAUGUGAUGUGUGUGGCAAGGUCUUUAAGCAAGCUGCAAAAUUUUUAAUUCAUUGGAGAUACCAUAUGAGAGAGAAACCAUAUAAAUGUGAUGUAUGUGGCAAGGCCUUUAGUCAAACUGCAAACCUGGCAGUUCAUCAGAGAAUUCAUACUGGAGAGAAGCCAUACAAAUGCAAUGUAUGUGGCAAGGCGUUUAGUCGUAGUGCAAACCUUACUGUUCAUCGGAGACUUCAUACUGGAGAGAAACCAUAUAAAUGUGAUGUAUGUGGCCGAUGCUUUACUCAAAACUCACAACUUGGAGUUCAUCGGAGAACUCAUACUGGAGAGAAGCCAUACAAAUGCAAUGUAUGUGACAGGGCGUUUAGUCAUACUGCAAGCCUCAGUGUUCAUCGGAGACUUCAUACUGGAGAGAAACCAUAUAAAUGUGAUAUAUGUGGCAAGGGUUUCAGUGUAAGUUCAAGCCUUGCUGUUCAUCAGAGAGUUCAUACUGGAGAGAAACCAUAUAAAUGUGAUGUAUGUGGCAAGGCUUUUAAUCAGACUGCAAAACUUGAACUUCAUCAGAAAAUUCAUACUAGAAAGAAAUCUUAUAAAUGUGAUGUGUGUGGCAAGGCAUUUAGUCAUACUGGAAACCUUGCUGUUCAUCGGAGACUUCAUACUGGAGAGAAACCAUAUAAAUGUGAUAUAUGUGGCAAGGCUUUCAGAGUAAGCUCAAACCUUGCUGUUCAUCGGAGAGUUCAUACUGGAGAGAAACCGUAUCAAUGUGAUGUGUGUGGCAAGGCUUUUAGUCAAGCUACAGGCCUUGCAGUUCAUCAGAGAAUUCAUACUGGAGAGAAACCAUAUAAAUGUGAUGUAUGUGGCAAGGCCUUUAAUCACACUACAAGACUUGAACUUCAUCAGAGAAUUCAUACUGGAGAGAAGCCAUACAAAUGCAAUGUAUGUGACAAGGCAUUUAGUCAUACUGCAAACCUUACUGUUCAUCGGAGACUUCAUUCUGGAGAGAAACCAUAUAAAUGUGAUAUCUGUGGCAAGUGUUUCAGAGUAAGUUCAAACCUUGGUGUUCAUCGGAGUGUUCAUACUGGAGAGAAACCAUAUAAAUGUGAUGUGUGUGGCAAGGCGUUUAGUCAUACUGGAAACCUUGCUGUUCAUCAGAGAAUUCAUACUGGAGAGAAACCAUACAAAUGUGAUGUGUGUGGCAAGGCGUUUAGUCGUAAUGGAACCCUUGCUGUUCAUCGGAGAGUUCAUACUGGAGAGUAACCAUGUGAUUAUGGUAUAUGUGCCAAGGCUUUCACUGUAAGUUCAAGCCUUGCUGUUCAUCAGAGAGUUCAUACUGGAGAGAAACCAUAUAAAUGAGGUAUAUGUGGCAGGGCUUUCAGUGUGAAUGCAAACCUUGCAGUUCAUCAGAAUUCAUACUGGAGAGAACCUUACAAAUAUAAAAAUUGUGACAAACCAUUUAGGCACAGUCAUCCAUAACUCAUCAUCAGGCAGUUCAGACAGGAGAAACCAUAUAAAUAUGAUGUAUAUGGCUGGUGCUUUACUUGAAAUGACUUAGAAACCAUUGGAGAAUUCAUACUAGAGAGAAAUAUUAGAAAUGUGACAGUUGUGAGAAACAUAUUAGUGCAAAUGUUGUGAGUGUGACAAAGCCUUUAGUCAAGUGUCUAGGCCUUAUAAUUCAUCAGAGAAUUCAUAGUGUAUUGAAAACAUACAAGUGAAAUGAAUAUGUCAGAGUUUCUAGUGCAUGUUCAGCAUUAACUGCCCAUUAGGCAGUUCAUACAUAAGGGAAACCACGGAAGUGUUAUUUAUGUGGCAAACCCUUCAGUGACAAGAAAUGACAUUGCAGAUCAUCUGAGAAUCCAUUCUGCAGUGAAAACUUACACAUGUAGACAAUACAGUAAAAUAUAUCAACUUUCUGACCCUCAGAAAAUUCAAACUGUAGGAAUACUACACCAAUGUGUUAGGUGUGGGAAAGCUUUGAUUAUCUGAUCAGCCUAACUCACCAUCCGUUAAUUUUUUUUUCUUUUUUUUACAAUAGUGUGAUGGUUUUUGCUGUAUAUCAACAUGAAUAGGCCAUAGGCAUACGUAUGUGCCCUCCCGCCUGAACCCACCUCUCUCCCCACCAUAUCCCUCCAGAUUGUCUGCGAGCACUUGCUUGUACAUCAAACUCCCGCUGGCUCUUUUACAUAUGUUAAUAUAUAUGUUUCAGUGCUAAUCUCUUAAAUCCUGCCAUCCUAUUUCUUUUUUUUUUUUUUUUAAUAGGUUUUCCUUAGCAUUGCUUUUUCUAUCCACAUGUUAUGACCCAGUUUUAAUGUUUAGUUUACAUUUCUUUCCUGCUUUACACUAACAAAUACAUAAGUCAAUAGGUUAUUUUGAGACUUUUGUAACAUUAAAAUGCAUGUAGACGAUGACAGGGAACAUAGUGGGUGCCCUGUAAAUGUAAAGAAAGACAGUUCCUUUAGGACUUGAGUUCAGUCAGAUAAAUCACAUAGAAACAGUUACAGAUAGUGCCAAGUUGAUAAUUUUGGUGAAAAAAAUUCUAGUGUCUUCUUAAGACUUUAUAUUUUACAAUGUGCUUUGUUGUCCACAACUGACAGAUCUUUCAGGAACAAACAACAAAGAAAUGAGAGAAAAUAUAUUACAAUUUUUCAACAAGAAGUAAAUUGCCUAACUACCGUCAGGUGAUCAUAUAGUAAUCUGACAUUCCAUUUCAUUAAAGUAUUUGCUUAAGUAUUAUAUAUUAUGAUGUAAGCAACUUUUUCUCAUAUAACUAUUUGAAGCUUUGUCAUCAUAAGCGUGGAACACAAAGUUUUAUAAAGAAGUAUGCAUUUCUCAUUAAAAGCUUUUUUCUUUCUUUAA